UAUUUGCGAUGCCAUUGAACAAACCAAUAUGGUCAUUCCGGUUCCGUCAUUUUUCUGAACUCUGGUCAUCGUUUCACAAAGUACAACUACUGUAGAAACGGACUCUACCAGAGUACCCCACGAAUGUUACCACUUUUGUAACUAUUUAUGUUUUCAAGAUCUGCUAGUGAGAUCACGAAUAUUUCAGUAUGUAGCUCGGCUAUAGACGGAAACACAGCUCAUCUCAGCAAACGAACAAACGAACAAACCAACCGAUUAAACCAAAACCACAAGAUCAUCUUCUUUCUGAGCUUUCAUUCUUACCAAGUCAUGCUUUGGCCAAACUUCGAGCUGACAAUUCCGCUUCGGAUUCCGAUAUUUCCACCAGUGCCAGAACAGAGUCCGUACCAUUCUGGAAGCGAUUCUAUGGCAAGAGAACUACACCACGAGCUCAGAAUCGCACUGUAAGGCACUAAAAGCGGGGGACACGUAAAGGAUCCGUACCGCAAAGUCAGUCCGGUACAGCCUCCUGCGCCAGAGCUACCUCUGCUCUCUUUCUCUUGACUUUAGCGUCCAUUCACGGCCAACGGUCCCAGGGCUGUAGUUGCCAUAGUUAAGGUGAAACUGGAGUAUAUGGAUGCAAUGUAUGCAGUACCCCCAGUCUCGCGUUCUCCUUCCGGAUUAUUGGCUUAGGUCGGAUUCUGUGCUGCUAAGUUCAAGCAAACGCGAUCUCGCGGUCAGCUGCUGAAUCUGGCCGCCACCCACGGUUAUCAGAUUCCAUCCGUCAUCAAGAGAGAACACUAUAUAAGCAGCUCAAAUCCCACUUCACACCCAUUUGGUGAUUCUGACUUCUGACAGAGAUCAACUGAAAUAUACACGUUCCACAAGUAGAGCAAAGAAAGCUACUUUACCACUUAAAAUUACUACAUAUUCAUACAAAAUGACUGAAAUCCAAUACAAGUUCCACCCUAACAAGAAGGCCACCAUCAUCACGGCUCCAUUUUCCGGGGGCCAACCCAAGGGAGGAGUCGAGUUAGGCCCAGAAUACAUCUUGAACGCCGGAUUUGAGAAACAAGCCCAAGCCCUCGGAUGGGAGACUGCUGUGGUCCAUCCCUUGGCAAACACCGACUACGAAUCGAAGAAGACCGACGACAAGGACUCGUAUGGAAUCAAGAACACCAGCAUUGUGUCGCAAUGCUGCGAAAAGAUUCACACUGCUGUGAAAUCCGCUUUGGAUUCCGACAGCUUGCCUAUCACAGUCGGAGGAGACCAUUCCAUCGGUAUGGCCACUGUCUCGGCUGCUCUUGAACACAACCCUGACGCAUGUGUGCUUUGGAUUGACGCCCAUGCUGACAUCAACACUCCAAAGACAACUGAUUCCGGAAACUUGCACGGCUGUCCAAUCUCAUUUGUAAUGGGUAUCGACAGAGAGUCGUUUCCUCCCGAAUUCAGCUGGGUUCCUGAAAACUUGAAGCCUAACAAAAUUGCUUACAUUGGAUUAAGAGACGUCGACGAAGGAGAAAAGGCUAUCUUGAAGAAAUACAACAUCCCAGCAUUCUCCAUGUACCACGUCGACAAGUACGGAAUUGGAAAAGUAGUAGACAUGGCUCUUGAUGCCGUCAACCCUGACAGAAAGAACCCAAUUCACUUGUCGUACGACGUAGAUGCCAUCGACCCUUCGUUUGUUCCUGCCACAGGAACCAGAGUCGAAGGUGGGUUGUCGUUGAGAGAAGGUUUGUUCAUUGCUGAAGAUGUAGCCCAAACCGGUUUGUUGGCUUCUAUCGAUAUCGUGGAGACUAACCCGUUAUUGGCUGAGACUGAAGAACACGUCUUGGACACAGUGAGUGCAGCUUGUGCCAUCGGUAGAUGUGCCUUGGGUCAAACUCUUUUGUAGAUCAAAGGCAUUGGUUUAAAAUUACAGGUAAAUAGAUUACGAUUGCUUUAAGAUAUCAAUUGAUAUCGGGGAUUGCAAAGGUCAAAAGCGAAAACUAUGCAUGCGUGAUAGUAUUAAUUCAAAUAUUAUUAACU